AUGGGCCCACCUCGUCCGAAUCGGACGACGGCCGCCGCAAGGGGCGACGACCGCCAUCCAACUCCAUUCACCCCUGGUGGUGCUAUCUCUCCCAACCUGCUCCAACUGGACGUGCAAACCAUCGACGGCAACCGCUGCGUGCAUGAUGUCGCCGCCGUCGCCGCCAGCCUCAACAGGAGAGUCCCUCCCUUCGACCCCAACGUUGAACUCUGCACCUUCCACUCUCGCAACCACGGCACUUGCAAUGGUGACUCCGGCAGCGCUCUGGUCCGCGUGGACCGUGGCCAGCAGAUCGGUGUCGUGUCUUGGGGUCUCCCGUGCGCCCUGGGCGCUCCCGACAUGUUCGUCAGAAUCAGCGCCUUUAGGACCUGGGUCCACAGCAACACCUUCAACUAA